AGUGUCUAUGGUCGCUUGAUGCAAAGCAGAAAACAUCAAUUUACCAUUGAGAAAAUUGAAAAGCGCACAUAGCUUGGAGUGCGUGGAGAGCGUGUUGAAAUAUUGACUUAUUCAUAGUUUUUAUUUAUUGAAUCUUUGUGCAUGUGAGCGUGUUGUAAGUGGCAAUGAUGUCUUCAGCUACAUCUACCGCGAAAGCGGAUUCUUUUGAUGAAUUCUACACGGAGGUGAAAGAAAUCGAAAAACGUGAUUCAGUAUUGACCCCUAAGCAGCAAUUAGACAGACUACUACGUCCAGGGUCUACUUACUUUAACCUAAACCCAUUUGAGGUAUUGCAAGUUGAGCCAGAAGCGACAAUUGAUGAAAUCAAGAAGAAAUACCGAAGAUUGUCCAUUCUUGUCCAUCCAGAUAAAAACAUGGAAGAUUUAGAACGAGCCCAGCAAGCUUUUGAAAUAGUAAACAGAGCAUGGAAAACUCUUGAAAAUGAUGACACUAGGAAAAAAUGUUUGGAUAUUUGUGAAGAGGCUAAAGAACGCACAGACCACAUGAUUGAACAGAAAAGGAAAAAGCAGAAGAAAGAUAACCGCUCAACUGAAGGCAUUCCUGAAGAUGAUCCUAUCAAAUACAAACAUGCAAUUUAUGUUAUGACCAUGAAGUUAUUUGCUGACAUGGAACGAAAACGCCAACACCUCGAAGUCCGUGACAUGGAGGAAAGGAAGCGAAAACGAGAAGCAGAGAUUGAGCAAGAAGAACAAAAGUCAUUUGAAAAGGAAUGGGCUAAAAACUUUGAGGAAUCGCGACAAAACCGAGUUGACAGUUGGAAAACCUUCCAAUCUGGCGGUGGCAAAGAGAAAAAGAAGAAGAAAAUCCAAGGUUUUAAGCCACCCAAACCAAAACCAGAAAGCAGAUAACUCUUAAUUUAAUUACACGUUAUACUAUAGUUCA